AUGAAUCCUUACAAUCCAUAUGGAGGAAUGUUGACAACUUACACCCACCCUUCGGUUCCUCUUAUAUAUGAUAUGCAUCAUAUGAGGAUGCUGCUGCCAAUGGAAAUGGCACAUGAGCCCAUGUAUGUGAAUGCCAAGCAGUACCAUUGGAUUCUUCAUAGAAGGCAAUCACGUGUUAAAGCAGAGCUUGAAAAGAAAUUGAUAAAAGUUCAGAAGUUUAGUUACGCAAUGAUGUAUGUACAGCUGACGAGAGUGAGGGGCGGUCUCCCUACUUCCUACUGGACGUGGAAAUACUUGCUCACAUUCUUGCCGGACGGCUCGUGGGCAAAGAACCGCAAUCAGAAAAUGACAGUAACUUCAGAUGUCGAUAUUGAAUGUGACAAUGCCUACGAGCAUAAAGAAACAGCACGAAGAACAAUUAAAGCUAAUGAAUCUGUUGUCAAUGAGUCGACUCCAGUGCAACAAAUACGUGCAUCAUUUUUAUCUGAGACAUCGACAAAACUCAACGCACCUAUAGCCUGGAAGCAAGAACAAGCAUGA